AUGGACGGGUCACGGGGGGCGAAUAGUCCAAGACAGCCCAAGAGGAGAACCGUCACAGCUGCCCGCAAGGAACAGAACAAAGUUGCGCAGAGGGCCUAUCGGAAAAGGCAAAGGGAACUAAAACAGACAGUUCCGCUCAGGCCGCACAUAACAGCACCCCGGCGGCUUGAGCCGCGCAGUACUGCGGAAGUGCUCCCAGAUGUAGCAGACCACCUGACUGGCGGUCAUGUACCCGAUGUAUGCUCCGGUGAUAGGCCGCCCUGCCCAGCAGCGGAGAUGCCCCUCGAGAUGCCCAUGGCCCAAGUACUGGCAGAUAUUGAGCCCCUCAUACACUGCGGCUUCCCAGGCCCGGAAACCAGUCUCACAGACAUAGACCUGAGUCUCUGCCUCCAGACGACCGUAGUACCAUACACAACCGCAGAAGAGGUCUGCGCACCAACCAUCGCGGCACAGGAAACCUCCCUUUUCCCCUCAUUUCUCGACCUCAGCAACCUCCAAGACCAAGAAACCAGUACCCGCAUCGCCGUCCUAACCAACGCCAUCUGCCUCGGCAUCGACAUAUCUCAGCUGGCAGUCUGCGCCGCGACACACAUGUCGCCCUUCUACCGGCCGACGAUCUCGCCCCAACAAGACCCAACGGCGCUCGUUGCGUCCUCGACCAGCGGCGCCGUGCCGCCGCACCUGCGGCCGACACUGGCGCAAAUCAUGAUCCCGCACCACGCCAGCCUGGACCUGAUCCCGCUGCCGGCGCUGCGCGAGAGCGCCAUCAUGCUUUCGGCUGCCAUGCCGCAUUUGUUCGACCUCUGGGAGAUGAAGCUGGAUAUAUAUGCGCGAAGCGCGCUGGUGUGUUGGCGGCAUUGGGCGGGAGUCAGCUGCCAUCCGUGGGAUAUGGCGAGUUGGGAGGUGGCGCCUUGGUUUUUGAGGAAAUGGCGGAUGGUGGUCAAUGGGGUUGGUGACGGGCUUUUGUUGUGA